AGUACCUGAGACCUUCGUAAGAUAUGCCCUUGUUCCAUCUACUUGUUACUUGGAGGACUUCACGAACAUGGGCACGUCUAAUAUGUCCAGAGUGCUGCAAUAGAUGUCUGUAAGAUAGAGAUUAAAAUUUGAUAAUUUGUAUGCCGCAUUUUCUCGGCGACAUUUGUCUUUGUUGGUAAUUCUCAAUCGGUGACACUUACGUAGUUGUACUAUCUGUAUAGGUACAGCUGUAUUCUCGUUUGUCCAUGCUGUGAAGGAACAUGCAUAUAUACUUAGACAUUAAGACAGAAGUAAUUGGGCACUUAGAUACAACAUUUAACUUCCACAAAAUCGUAGCUGCAACUCAUAUUAUAAAGAUGGUCGGAAGGCAUUCAUCAGCUGCAUUCACGGACAACGCAUCAAAGCCGUUAGCGAAUCCCCUCUUCCAUCGGCAUAGCCAUAGUGGGGAGCGCACCACGCGCGUUCGCGUGACGCACUGCUCCCCCGAGGCGGCAGCGUUUCCCCGAUUUUUGCUGGUUUUUCUCCUUGCUCACGUUAGAAAUGUUGACCGAUGGGCUACAGUUGCCUAUGGUUACAGCAAAACAAAUCAACAAAACGGGGAGGAGGAGCCGUGGUCAGCGCACCUCCCGUUCGUGGCCAGUGCGACACCAGGUGCAAAGGUCGGCAGUAGUAGCACACCAACGGGUGAUUUUGAGGAGGGAAGCUUAUAUGCAUCGGGGAGCGGGGACAUAUUAGUCGACUUAGCAAUUGCAGCGUGGGAGAGCAUUAACCCUUAAGGACACGACAAAACCAUCUAGCCUGGCAACACGCCAUAGCUUGUUGUAGUCCUUUCAACAUGAAGAACAACAUGAUUAUAGCUUCAAGCUUCAAGCGGAAGAUAGAUGGUAUCUCGCUGCUUCUAAAUAGAUUUUCAGCACCAGCAGCACACGCACACCGUUCUUGCUCUUGAACAGAAAGACGAAACUGCCAGCGAAGAUGAAACUCGAGAAGUAGCAGCGCAGGAUCAUCAUCCUAGUGCAGGUGCUACGCCGCGGCGCUAUUGUCUUUUACGGCAAAAUUUCUCAACAUACCAUCUUCUGCAACAGCUUCUGAUUAGUUUUACGUUUUUUUCGAUGUUCUUUAGUCGCAGCGUUUGAGCAUCAUGGAGUUGUAUCAUUUGUAUUUGAGAACUACUGCUCUAACUCUUCGGGGAUCGCGGCAGUGGUCGGAGAAUCCCUCGACUGCUCAUGAUGUGUCUUCGCUGAGCGGGCACGAUCAUGAAAGAAAGGAACAGCCACAAAAGCCUGGAAGUCGAGGUUUACCUAAAUCAUUUUUGCAAGAAGCGGAGACCGCCGAUUCUGCAGCCGCAACCGCACCCGCAACAGACAGUAAUGCAGCACCUGCGACGCACCGUGAUGCAGCAUCUGAACCGCAAGAUGGUGACGCAGCUGUACCGCAAACUAGUGACGCAGCUGUACCGCAUACUAAUGCAGGACCUGUGCUGGAAACUAAUGCAGUACCUGCAACAGAGCCUGGAGUUCCAGAUGCGCAACCAGAAGUACACCUUAAACCUAUCACACAAACAUGAAGAGACAAGGAUUCAUUCUGAGUAGUGACUGAAAAACUACUCAUUGUAGAUUGAGAUUGAGUUGAUAUCCCACAGAUCGAUGUUUCUACCAACAAUCAUGCCCAGCCAGGUUGGAUUUCCCCGGUAGCAAGAGCAUUUAUCAUUUUCAGAGUCACUAUUAACUUACUAAGAUCUAAAUCUAUUUUGAGAUCAGCACUAAAUGUUUACAGUAAAUUUAGAUAGCUCGUGUAUGAGUCGUAACCCCCAUAUAAGUACGUAUCUGAUUUAUCUAUGUAUAAUGAUACAGAAGAAAGACAUGGUUCUUGUAGAUUGAAUAAGCCAAUCAUUCAUGAAUCUGAGGUGGAGCAACAAACAAUUUCAAUACAAACUGUAGAGCCAGACCGACCAACGCCAGGGGAAACUGAGCGUUAUGCGAACUUCUCUUUUCAUUUUCUGAAUGCGUUUGUCGCUGAUUUCUUUGUAGUGAUUUAUUUUUACACUUUCACGAGCACGGCGUGAAGCUGUGGGUGUGGCCAUCAAGUAACUCAUCGAGCAAAGAAAGUCCAUCUUUUUCUGGGGUCCAGAAAUGGUUGAACGUUUGUUUGUUUGUUUGUUUGUUUGUUUGUUUGUUUGUUUGUUUGUUUGUUUUGAUGCGCUCCGGGCGACGCAUACGA